UUUGAGCUCCAUGAGGACCCCUCCUUCUGGAUGGAGAACAACGUGCAGGUUGUUAUCCGUGUCCGCCCUUUGAAUAACACUGAGAAAAACCUUUGUGGUUAUAAUCGCUGCUUGAGACAAGAAAGUGCUCAGAGCAUCACAUGGACCGGACACCCAGAAUUAUGUUUUAAGUUCGACCAUGUUGCUUGUGAAUCAGUGAAUCAGGAAGUGCUUUUCCGAGUUGCUGGUUUACCAAUGGUCGAGAACUGUAUGGCUGGAUACAACAGCUGCGUAUUUUCUUAUGGGCAGACUGGAAGUGGAAAGACACACACAAUGCUUGGUGAAAUCACUGAGUUGGGAGUGAAUCCUGGUCCAGAAUGUGGCAUGAUACCACGCAUUUUUGAGUUAUUAAUUGCAAGAAUCAGAGAGGAAGAAGAAAGCAGGAGGGAUGAGAAGCUCAAGUACAACUGCAAGUGUUCUUUCCUGGAGAUUUACAAUGAACAAAUUACAGAUCUUGUUGACCCUUCAUCCACAAAUCUUCUGCUCCGAGAAGAUACGAACGUUGGAGCCUAUGUUGAAAAUUUGACCGAACGUGAAGUUACCAGUGUCGGUGACAUCAUGACACUUUUGACGCAGAGUUCUGUUAAUAGGAAAGUGUCUGCGACAAACAUGAAUUCUGCGAGUAGCCGCUCGCACACUGUAUUCACAUGCACUAUCGAGAGUAGGUGGGAGAAGGAUUCCAUUUGUAACUCACGGUUUGCAAGACUGAAUCUAGUUGAUCUUGCUGGGUCCGAAAGGCAAACGGCAUCUGGUGCUGAAGGUGAGCGGCUUAAGGAAGCUUCCAAUAUUAACAAAUCAUUGUUAACACUCAGCCUUGUGAUAACUAAUUUAGUUGAUCGCACAUCUGGGAAGAAAUGGCACAUUCCUUAUAGGGAUUCAAAAUUGACGUUCCUUCUCCAGGAUUCACUUGGUGGAAACUCGAAGACGUUGAUUAUCGCAAAUGUUAGCCCUUCAUUGUGUUCAAGUAAGGAAACACUCAGUACCCUCAAGUUUGCUCAACGUGCAAGGCGCAUUCAAAACAAUGCUCUUGUGAAUGAAGACUCUUUAGGAGACGUUCAGACUUUGCAAAAUCAGAUAUAUAUCCUAAAGGAGAGGGGGUCUGCUGACAACGAAUUGCAGAUGUUGCAGUCUCAAAUAGCCAAGCUUCUGCAAGAAAAAGAAAAUGCGAGAGAAUGCCAUCUCAAGAGUCAAGAAACCAUUGAAGAUUUAAGUUCUCAGGUCCUUCAGUUGCAGUCAGAAAUGAUUGACAAAGAGAAGUGCUAUGAAGCUAGACUGGAAAUGUGUAGUGUUCUCAAAGGGAAGUUGCUAGUCGACAUCAACAAUAAUUUUGGUCUUAUUGCGAAGAAAGAACAAGAAGCAACUGAACUGAGCUCAAAAUUGGAUUCGUUUGGAAAUAAAAUUCUGCGUUUGCAAGCACAAGAAGAAGAAAUGUUGGCACGGGCAGAUUCCAUGUAUAAUAAACUGUCCGUUUUGACUGAAGAGAUUGAUAUUACCAACAUGAAUCAUAACGAAAAAAUUUCUGUGCUGGAGAAGCAGCUAGCAAAUGCAGCUAGUGAACUAGGUGCAGUUUCUCUGGAGAACAAUGAGUUGAGAUCUCAGCUCAACUGUAUUGAACGUCGCAGUUACUUUAUGGAAGAGGAGUUAACCCGUGAAAGUAAUGCCACUGAAAAAAUGGAAGAAAAGUUAACUGAGCUGAAAAUUUUACUUGAUGAAAGGAACAGCUUCCUUCAAAAGUUGCAAAAUGACUUCUCCAAGCUUUCGGAUGAGAAACAAUGCUGUGACUCUCAGGCGCUUAUCUUGAGAGAUAAGCUGGGGAGGGCUCAGGCAUUGGCAGAAGAACGUGAAGCAAUUGCUACAGAGGCUUGGCAGAUAGCAGAUGAAAUGAAGACAUGUGCCGAAGAGAAGGUCAAAGAAGUCAAGGUGUUGGAGAGAUCAGUUGAUGAUCUCCAAAGUACUGUAUGUGCUCUAGAGGAGCAGUUGGCAAGGAAAGUUAGUCAACCUAAUGCAGUUUCUGUUGCAAAGAACAAACAAGGAACUGAACUUGGAAAGAACAUUAUGCAUCUGCAUAGACAAGAAGAGGCAAUGUUGUCAGGGUCAAACUCCAUGCACAGUGAACAGUCUAUUUUGAUUGACGAGAUUUUCGCUACCAACAGGGGUGCUUUGGCAGCUGAAUCAAAAGAAAACGAAGAUCUGCACCACCAGUUGGACGAAGCUUUGCUUCUCAAUGAAAUGUUGAAGGACAGAAUGCUUGAAGAUCUGAGUCUGCUUCAAGUGAAUAAUGCUAUACCUGUAAAUGAUAUGGAAGGGUGCAGCCAAUUUCAGUUGUGCAAUCUGCUUGCAAACUACCACCACGAGUCAGUUGUGAUCAACACAAUCGCAAAUGAUAUUGAGACUAUUGUUUUGGCUUCAGAACUCAAGCAACACAAAGCUGAAGUGCAGGAACAAAUGCUUAUGUGUACAGAAGUUGUUGAAGGACUGAAGACCGAAUCAACUUUGUGGAAAGUUGAUCAGGAGCUUGGCAGUGCUAUAAUCGAUGAUUUACUUGAAGAGAGCAGCAAUAUAAGGACUGAUCGGGAGAGCCUGAAGCGAAACAAGGACAAAAUUAGGGCAACAGUAAAAAGAGCAAAAGCUGCCACCUCUCUCAUGUGUAGUCUCCCGAAAUGA